CGUUUACUUCCUGUAUGUUAGCACUACUAACACAUUACUACAAGACUCAUAUAAACUGAAGUAAAUGGAUACAAUUGUAUAUGGAAGUGACGCUGAUAUUAGAAAAGAUAGCGCGAGGUUGUCGUAAAAGUGUUUUAAGGGAUUUGCGGUAACGUUAUGAUGGCAGGGAGAAAAAGGAAGAUGCUAGCAUUGACAGUAGCAGGAGCAGCACCCGAACAAGCAGUAAACAAACGUAAAAACCAGACGGAAUCGACACUGAUAGUUCCACCUGCCAAGCUGGAAAACAAAUGUGAAAUAGCUCCAAGUACUGAGACAGAGCGAAGUCAUUACUUCACCGAUAAUGACCUGCAGCACAAAUUUGGAGAGGGUUUCUUCAACCAACCCUGUAUCCGUUUGGCUAAAGCACUCCUUGGCAAGGUGUUGGUUCGCAGGUGUGCAGAUGGUACUGAACUGCGAGGGAGAAUAGUGGAAACUGAAGCUUACCUUGGAGGGGAUGACAAAGCUUCCCACUCAGCAGGUGGCAAACGCACUGAGAGGAACACUGCCAUGUUCAUGAAACCUGGCACAAUAUAUGUGUAUCCAAUCUAUGGCAUCUACCUCUGCAUGAAUGUGUCUAGUGAAGGGGAGGGUGCUGCUGUGCUGCUGCGCUCCCUGGAGCCCCUGCAGGGUCAGCCCGUCAUGAGGCAGCUGAGAGCAGCCAGACGCAAAGAGGGAGCCCGACAACUGAAGGACAAAGAGCUCUGCAACGGGCCGUCCAAGCUGUGCCAGGCUCUAAAUAUACCCCGCUAUUUUGACCGUCGAGAUCUCGCCUCGGACCCAGAGGUGUGGCUGGAAAAGGACCUCAACACAAAUCUAGCAGAACCCUACAAUAUAGUAUCAGCACCACGCAUUGGAAUUGAGUCGCAUGGUGAAUGGGCAAAGAAGCCCUGGCGGUUUUAUCUUCGUGGACACCCGUGUGUUAGUGUGGUGAAUAAAGAGGCAGAAAGACAGUCUCUGUCUGGGAAUGUAAUGAACAAUUUAGGUCCCUCAGAUGUGCAGUCUGAUGCACGACAGCACAAAGUCAAAAGGACGUAGCAGGAAUAUUCCUGAAACUACUCUGCCAUCUGUUCCCUUUGUGGACUUCAACAUCAUUUUAGCAUAAAAACUUAAGAAAGUAAAAAUGGUAGAAUAACCUCCAUGACUGGUUGAAUAUCUAAAUUUAAAUCUGCCUAAAUUAUACUUUACAUUUUGUAAGCUGCAACCUUUUUUCCACAUGGCUCUUCAUUAUUUAAAUUCUAAAUGGAAAAUUAUUCGAAUGAGCUUUCAAUUUCAACAACUGAAAUCAAAAGCAGGAUUGGUACUAAAUUCAUUCAUAUAUUGUUUAAAUGUUUACAUUGCAAAUAAAUAUGGCAGUUGUAUUACACUUUAUACCACAUAGCCUAUCUUUUUUCAGAAGAUUUCAAAAAGGUAAAUGACAGUUUUAAGGGCAUAAAACCAAUGAUCUGUUGAUCUUCACAAAUCGGACCGGCAAAAAAAAGUUUAAAUCAAAGAAUGAAUCGAAUUGUGACGUUAAAAUCUGAAGUCUAAUCUAAUUGUGGAUAUGGGGAAUCGUGACACCCUAAGUUUUUUGGUACUCAUGCAAAGUUUUACUGGAAACUAAUAGAUAAGAACUUAAGUCAUCUAAAGUAACAAUCAAUUUAUCAGUACUUGUAAAAAAUAAAAUAAAAAAUCAAUUCUGAAACGUA